CCGGCGGCGGCCGCCGCGGCGGCGGGGUCAGUUCUCUUUAGUGUUUGCCGAUGUUGGAGGCGUCUCCAAAGUGUCCCCGGGAAGCAGUGACAGGCAAUGGCACAAGUUAAAAUGCAGACUACAGCAAACCUGUCUGGACCCACCAUGGCCCCUGUGGUGCUACCCCUGCCAGUUACAGCUACAAAUACCCUGAGUCUGCCAUCCUCAAUGAAUGGAUCCAUUUCAGAAUCGGCUGCCAGCUGUAGCAGUCCUACUGCCAGCCUUGUGGAUCCCGCGUCUUUGAACAACUCACCAGCUCCUCUCCAAGAUAACAUGGCAAACCCCAAAGAGAAAACUCCAAUGUGUCUGGUAAAUGAGUUAGCCCGUUUCAAUAGAAUUCAACCCCAGUAUAAGCUUCUGAAUGAAAGAGGGCCUGCUCAUGCCAAGAUGUUCACAGUGCAACUGACUCUUGGAGAACAGACAUGGGAAGCUGAAGGAAGCAGUAUUAAAAAGGCCCAACAUGCUGCUGCUAGCAAAGCAUUGAAUGAAACUACCCUUCCCAAACCAACGCCUAGACCACCCAAAAACAAUGUAAACAAUAAUCCAGGCAGUAUAACACCGACUGUGGAGCUGAAUGGUCUGGCAAUGAAAAGAGGAGAGCCUGCCAUCUACAGGCCAUUAGAUCCAAAGCCAAUUCCCAAUUACAGAGCAAAUUAUAAUUUCCGGGGCAUGUACAAUCAGAGGUAUCACUGCCCAGUGCCUAAAAUUUUCUAUGUCCAGUUAACUGUUGGCAACAGUGAGUUUUUUGGUGAAGGAAAGACUCGUCAAGCUGCUAGACAUAAUGCUGCAAUGAAGGCCCUUCAAGCUCUUCAGAAUGAGCCUAUUCCAGAAAAAUUACCUCAGAAUGGAGAAACAGGAAAAGAAUCAGAAGAAGAUAAAGAUGCAAACAAAUCUGAGAUCAGCGUAGUGUUUGAAAUUGCUUUGAAGCGUAAUAUACCUGUCACUUUUGAGGUGAUUAAAGAAAGUGGACCUCCUCACAUGAAGAGCUUUGUUACACGAGUUACAGUGGGAGAGUUCACUGCAGAGGGAGAAGGCAACAGUAAGAAACUCUCAAAGAAACGUGCUGCAAUGGCUGUCCUGCAAGAACUUAAGAAACUUCCUCCUCUUCCUGUGAUUGAAAAGCCAAAACUUUACUUUAAAAAGCGUCCAAAAACAAUAUUGAAGACUGGACCAGAAUAUGGUCAAGGAAUGAAUCCCAUCAGCCGUUUGGCUCAGAUCCAACAGGCCAAAAAGGAGAAGGAGCCAGAGUAUGUUCUUCUUUCAGAGAGAGGAAUGCCUCGCCGUCGAGAAUUUGUUAUGCAGGUAAAAGUAGGCAAUGACAUUACUACUGGAACAGGUCCAAACAAGAAAAUAGCUAAAAGAAAUGCAGCAGAAGCAAUGUUGCUACAGCUGGGAUACAAAGCCUCUACUCCUCUUCAAGACCAGACAGAAAAGCUUGGAGAAAACAAAAGUUGGAAUGGCCAAAAUGUUGGGUUUCCUGAGCCAACAAGUAACACACCAAAGGGAAUACUCCAUCUUUCUCCUGAUGUAUAUCAAGAGAUGGAAGCAAGCCGCAACAAAUCAGCCCCUGGUACCACUGUAAGCUAUUUGUCAUCCAAAGAAAUGAGCCAGACUUCUAGCUCUUUCUUCAGCAUAUCUCCUACAACAAAUAGCACAGCCACAAUUGCCAGGGAACUUCUCAUGAAUGGAACAUCCCCAACUGCCGAAGCCAUAGGUCUAAAAGGAAUAUCUCCUGCUUCCCCCUGUUCUACAGUGCAGCCUUCAAAACAGCUGGAAUAUUUGGCAAGGAUUCAAGGCUUUCAGGUACACUACAGUGAUAGACAAAAUGGCAAAGAGUGUAUGACCUGUUUGACACUGUCUCCUGUGCAGAUGACUUUCCAAGGUAUCGGAAGCUCCAUUGAAGCCAGCCAUGACCAGCCUCAUACAGGACAAGAAGCAGGUGCCUGGCAGCUUUCCUUCCUUCCUGCCUUCUUUGCACCCUGGUUUUCCUGGGAUAUCACCCCUGUAGAUGGGCCAGGGAGGAGUCACCAAGGCAGCGUUAAGUGCCUUGAAACAGUUUUCAGAACAAGGACUGGAUCCAGUGGAAGGAGCUAUGAAAGUUGAGAACGGAUCACAUGAAAAACAAGUCAAGCAUCUGGGAGAGAAAGCAGACAAUAAACAGACUAACUCAGGCACCAUUGCUCAGGACUGCAAGGAUUCAAAGGCUGUCGUCUAGGAGCUUCCCAGCACCCACGGCUGCCACUGCAUCCUUAUAAACCUGUCAACACGCAAUAGGGUGUAUGUGUACAAGGAAAUGAAUGACUAAUACCAUUAUUUGAGUCUUAUGUGAAGACAACACUAUUCUAACACAAGAGAUAGAAUACAUGGUACUGUUUAUUCAACUCUGGAAAAAAAUAAAAUUGAACAUUUCCCUUAGAACUCAAGAUCAGAGCAUAACUCAAUUGCCCAGAGGCAGAAGAAGUCUGAUCGUGUUACUGGAGGUUAAAAUAACAAUGAAUUAACAAAAAGUGUUAGUAAAAAAAAAAACAAAAAAAAAAACAACACGGGAAACUUUACAAUUGAUUAAUAUUGAGGAAAACAAGUCAGCAUUGGUUCAGUUAUACAAUUUUUUGUAGUGUAGUUUUAAGUUCAGCUUACUGUUUUUUAAAUAAUGCUUGAAUAUUUUAAAAUUAACCAAUGACAGUGCUGUGAGAAUUGUAGUUGUUGUCUUCAUAUAUAGUCAUACAGCUUAUCUUUUUAUGCAGACAUUAUGCAUUCUUCAUUCUAUAUGAAUAUGUAUGACUUUAAGAUGCACUACUCAGAGUUGUAUGCAAACAGAAGUUUAAGUCUUGACAAGUAUUUGCUUAACAUGAACAGAUGUUAGUUAUGAUCAUUUUCUAUAUACUCCAGGAAAAAAACAAAUAUGGUAUUUGAUUUUCCUUGCCAUAAUCAAUUAAAGAGGCGUCUUGCCUCCAAGCAACAUUUUCCCCUUCAAUUCUGCUCUCUGUUGUGUGAAGCACAUCUACACCCCAUUCUGUGUGUUGUAUCAACCCACUGUUUGCAUCAACUGAGUGUUUUUAAUCUCUGCAUUCGGACCAAGAGCAAAAGGGAGGACUGCAAUGUUAUCAAGCCAAGGGUGGAAACUGUUGAUGUAAAGAUCAUUCUUUUGUGAAAGGAGUGGCAGCAGAGAUAAGACCUGUGGCUGCUCUGUACCAGCAUAUUUCUUUUAAGUAUGUGGCCAAAUGCAGUAAAACCACAUCAGUUCAUGUGUA